UUUUCGCCAUUCUCGCCUAAAAGUUCAAUGUCAAAAAUAUUGAAAUCUAAUCAAAUUUUGAAAUUAUAAAAUUAAAUCUAAAAAUUUUAAAAACUUGUAUAAAAAUAAAAAAAAAUGUUAAAUUCUUGUUGUUUUUGGAAAUGCAAUCGUUAUUGGUUAUUUCGUACAAAAUUGUCUUUAAGUGUUCCAACAUUUUCUUUUAAACAUAGAGGAUCUGCUAAAAAGGCAACUAAAGGUAAAGAUCUUGAACACACAACUGUGGGAGAUGGUAAUAGUGCUAGCUAUGUAGAGAUUAUGUAUAAUACUUGGCGACAAGAUCCCACUUGUGUGCAUCCUUCAUGGGAUGCCUUUUUUCGUACUGGUUCUUACAAACCUGUUCCAGCGUCUUCUCAUUCUCAACGCAAUGUAGAGCCAAUAUCUCAAUUUUGUGGUUCUAGUAAUUCGGCCAACGAACAGCAAAUUGAAGAUAAUAUUCAAGUUCAUAAUGUGGUACGCAGCUAUCAAACUCGCGGAUUGGUAGCCAAUUUAGAUCCUUUGGGAAUUACGACGCAUGAAAAGUUUAUAACGAAAUCUGGCAUGCAACUGAAUGCUAAUGAGAAGGUUUUGUUGCAAAAUUCAAAAUUUUUAGAGGAUAGACACUUAGAUGAUAAAUUUAAGUUACCCCAAACGACCUACAUUCACGGAGAAGAAAAAGAACUAAGUUUUCGUGAAAUCAUAACACGUCUAGAAAGAAUAUAUUGCAGUACAAUGGGUAUUGAAUACAUGUAUAUUUUUGAUUUGCAUAAACGGGAUUGGAUACGUAAAAAAAUCGAAUUACCCGGUGUAAUGAAUAUGGACAAGGAGAAAAAGAAGUUGAUACUACAACGUUUGAUCAGAGCUACAGGUUUCGAAAAUUUCCUGGCUAAAAAAUAUGGUUCUGAAAAACGUUUCGGUUUAGAGGGCUGUGAAGUCUUAAUACCUUGUAUUAAAGAAAUUAUAGAUGUAUCAUCGGCCAGAGGUUGUGAAUCAUUUAUUUUAGGUUUGGCUCACCGUGGACGUUUAAAUACCUUGGCUAAUAUUUGUCGUAAACCAUUGCGUAAUAUAUUUUCACAAUUUUUGGCAUUGUCGGCAGCAGAUCAGGGCUCGGGAGAUGUUAAAUAUCAUUUGGGCACCUUUACGGAGCGUUUAAACCGUGUUACUAAUAAAAACGUGCGCAUAGCUUUGGUGGCUAAUCCCUCCCAUUUAGAGGCAGUGGAUACCGUUGUUCAGGGUAAAACCCGAGCUGAACAAUUCUAUCGUGGUGAUAUAGAAGGUAGAAAGGUUAUGUCUAUACUCAUACAUGGUGAUGCCGCCUAUUCGGGCCAGGGUAUUGUUUAUGAAAGCAUGCAUUUAAGCGAUUUACCAGCCUAUACUAGUCAUGGCACCAUACAUAUUGUUAUCAAUAAUCAAGUGGGUUUCACCACCGAUCCCCGUUUUCAUCGUUCUUCACCAUUUUGUACCGAUGUUGCGCGAGUGGUUAAUGCACCCAUAUUUCAUGUUAAUGCUGAUGAUCCUGAAGCUGUCGUCUUUCUUAGCAGGAUUAUAGCCGAGUGGCGAGCUGAUUGGCGUCAAGAUGUUGUAAUUGAUUUGGUGGGUUAUCGUCGUAAUGGCCAUAAUGAAACAGAUGAACCCAUGUUUACUCAGCCCUUAAUGUAUACGAAUAUACGUAAACAUAAACCGGUUUUACAACUAUAUGGAGAGAAGUUGAUUCAGGAGAAAGUCAUUAGUGCCGAAGAGUUAAAAAGUGAAAUAGAGGGAUAUGAUAAAAUAUUAGAAACUGGUUUUGCAGAUGCGGCUAAAGAAAAGUCUAUUAAAUAUAAAGAUUGGAUAGAUUCUCCCUGGUCGGGUUUCUUUGAGGGUCGUGAUCGUACAAAAAUUGCAAGUACUGGUGUUAAAGAAGAAACUUUAAUACAUAUUGGCAAUAAAUUUGCCUCACCACCUCCUCCAGAAGCGAAGUUUGUAAUACACAAAGGUAUCGAACGCAUUUUGCAGGCGCGUCAAGAAAUGGUUCAAAAUAAAAUUGCCGACUGGGCUUUAGGUGAAGCGUUUGCUUUCGGCACUCUAUUAAAAGAAGGCGUACAUGUUAGACUCUCUGGCGAAGAUGUAGAACGUGGAACCUUUUCGCAUCGUCAUCAUGUUUUGCAUCAUCAAAAUAUCGAUAAAGUUACUUAUAAUAUGUUGCAACAUCUAUAUCCCGAUCAGGCCCAUUAUACUGUAUGUAACAGUAGUUUAUGUGAAUUUGGAGUGUUAGGAUUUGAACACGGUUAUUCGAUGUGUAAUCCCAAUUCUCUUGUUAUGUGGGAAGGACAAUUUGGUGACUUUUGUAAUACCGCACAAUGUAUAAUUGAUCAGUUUAUAUCGAGUGGUGAAAUGAAAUGGGUACGACAGUCGGGAUUAGUGUUACUCUUGCCUCAUGGUCUAGAAGGUAUGGGUCCGGAGCAUUCCUCCAGUAGACCCGAACGUUUUCUGCAAAUGUGCCAUGAUGACCCGGAUACUUUGCCUAAGAGUUGUGAAAAUGUAGCCCUACAACAAUUACAUGAUAUUAAUUGGAUUGUGGCAAAUUGUACUACACCCGCUAACCUUUUUCAUAUACUAAGACGUCAGAUUGCUUUGCCAUUUCGCAAACCCUUAAUCUUAUGCACACCCAAGUCAGGUUUAAGACAUCCUCUGGCUAAAAGUCCAUUUUCAGAUUUUACGGAAUGUAGUGAAUUUAAACGUUUAAUUGAAGAUAAUGGUCCUGCUUCUAAGUCUCCCGAGGAGGUUACAAAACUAGUCUUCUGCACUGGAAAAGUAUAUUUUGAAUUAUUUAAAGCUAGACAAGAUAAGAAAGCAGAAAAGGAGAUCGCUUUGAUAAGGAUAGAACAGAUUUGUCCAUUUCCUUAUGAUUUGGUUAAGGAGGAAAUUUCUAAAUAUAAACAUGCUGAAAUACUAUGGGCUCAAGAAGAACACAAAAAUCAGGGUUGUUGGGAAUAUGUGCGACCACGUUUUGCCACUGCCAUGGGUGAAGAAACUGAUGAUUGUCCCAUUCAAUAUCAUGGUCGGCCCUGUGCCGCUGCUCCAGCUACGGGUAAUAAACUACAGCAUAUGCGAGAAUUACAUGAUUUUAUUGUAAGUAUUUUUGGUGAAUUAACGGAAGCUGAAAAGGAAGCCACAAAGGAAAAUGAACAAAGUAUAGCACAAGCUAAAGCCCUAGCAGCCGAAAGAGCUAAGAAUUAAAAGAAAAAUCGGAUGAUAAAGCAGAAAAACUGCAAAAUACGGAUCUGAAGCCAACUAAUAAUAAAAAAUAAAUUUUGCAACCUAAUAAUAGGUUCAUUUCUUAAUUAUACAAAAAAAUUGUAUAAUAUAAUUUAUUUUUAUAAAUAUAUUAUUUUUUAUAAAUAUAAGUAU